AGUUAUUCUUCUUCUACCGGUUGAGAGUGAGAGCAAUAGUCUCUCUCUUUACCUUUGCCGACCCAUAUAGUUCUUCCUUUGGUUUCCGCCCUUUCAUUUUUGUAGUAGUACAGUACUCGCUGCAACCAUCAGGGUUCCGUUAGUUUACCAUGUCAAAGCCAUACAGAUAAAGUACGCCAAGCACAGGCACUUGCAGAGGUCGUAAUUUCUCGGCAACGCAACGCUGCCUUUUUCUUUUCCGGUGAAGAAACUGUUAACUUUUUGAAAAUUUAUCUUUAUUUUGGAUGCUUUUGUUUAGGCCCACAUAGUUCACAGGCUGAGCUGAGGCUACAGCUCUCGGGUCUGGCUCAUAUGCCUCCACUUUUUUCGUACCUUGUGUCCCCUCCUUCACUCAUCAACUUGUUCUGCACCUAGCCUCUCUCUAUUUUUGUUUAAAUUACUACUCCAUUAAUAACUUUCUCAACCAUAUCUAUUCAAUCCAUAAAUUCACCUUAUAUUUCUCUCUCUCUCUCUCUCUCUCUUUCCUUUAUUUAUUAUUCUCUUCUCCCUCCCCGUGUCCCAAAGGAAUAUAUAUCUCUCUCUUCCUUUUUCCCUUUUCCCUCUUUACUCCCUCUCAGUACUCCACCGUUUCCCCUACUACUCCUACUCCUUUCAACGUCAAUGCUACCCCCCAAGAAUCUAAUAACAUGACUGCGCCACCGACGAAGUACACUCACCACACCAAACUACUCAUACCCCCCGAAGAAGACCCACCCAAACACCAUUAUCCCAGACUCGUCAGAAUAACCGUCACUGACACCGACGCCACCGACUCCUCCAGCGACGAAGAAGAAGAACAAACAUACCACUGCAACUCUUCCACGCGCCACCGACAUAGGAAGUUCGUCAAUGAGAUUUCUAUCGAGUCGUGCUCCAGCGAGAACGACGGCGUCGUUUCGAGGAAGCGAAUUCGAAGAAGAAGCACCACUACGCCCAAAGCGACAAGAGCUUCAGACACUCGGCGCGUGUCCGACGGUAAGAAAUUCCGCGGAGUGAGACAGAGGCCGUGGGGAAAAUGGGCCGCGGAGAUACGAGACCCAGCGCGACGCGUUCGGUUAUGGUUGGGUACCUACGACACUGCUGAGGAAGCCGCUUUGGUGUACGACAACGCCGCCAUUAAGCUGCGUGGACCCCACGCGCUCACCAAUUUCAUAACGCCACCUUCCGGGGAGGAAACUCAUUGCAAUAGCAAGAAUAUCUUUUCUCCCACUUCCGUGCUUCACUGUUGCUCCUUGUCCGAGGAAGCUGAGUCCGUUACGGCCAAAGACGAUGACUACUCCUCGGUGUCGGAGAAUAAGGUCAAAGCUGAGUCAGCGUUUCCGCCCGAAAUAGAUUUUGAGUUUCGAGCUUGUUCGACUGUGCCGGAGAGUCUGUUGUUCUGCGAUGAUGAUUGGUCUAGUGAGUUUCUCAAUUCUUAUGAAGAUUUCGGUUUCAAAAGUUGGCAUACGGACAGAAAUCGUGACUUUUUCCAAGAUAUCGACGAUUUGUUUGUCUCGGAUCCCCUCCUUGCUCUCUGAGUUCUUCACUUCUUUUCUAUAACAGACUAUUCUCGUCGUUGUGUUGCCUCCACUAUCGGCAAAUUUUGUGUCGUCGGGAAAUAAUAGCCAUUGUAAUCACUAAUCUUUUUUUCUCUGUGUGGUUUUUAAAUUUAUUUUCGUUCUGGCCAUUUUUGUAAGUUGUAACAGUCAUGUAGUAGUCGUGUUCAAUCCUUGAACGUUGAAGCUUUGCAUUUUAUUAUAUUAAUUAUUUUUAACUAUA